CCUCUUUUUUUUUAAAAACAGCGGUAAAAUUUGCUUGAUCACGCGCAAACUCUUAGCCAAUCAAGAUUUGAGACCUAUGCUUUCAUUGGCAAAUUUUUAAACAAGUGUCUGACUGAUCCUUUUCAAAGAUUAGGCAUCGCUCCAUACUCAUCAAGGAUUAGGCAUCGCUCAACACCAGUGAGUAUGCAUGCAUGUUGAGUGUUGCUCAACCGAAAGCUCAAUUUGUGUGGCCAAGGCUUUUGAGGCUACAUGCAUAUGUGCUCAGCAAUGCUGUAAUAUUGAUGUAAUAUUGGGUUUUUAAUCACAUAUAUAGAUAAACAUGCACAUAUAUUUAUAUAAGUAAUUGAUAGGAAAAUUUAUCAUUCAUGUCACGCUCGUUUCCAUAAAUGUUUCUACCUAGGUUAGAUGGGAAAGAAAACAUAGAACCUAAAUUUCAGAUCAAAUAGACGCAAAGUUGUAUAAGAAUCAACUUUUUAACAUGUAUCCAAAGUUGAGGGAUCCCUGCUCUGGAUCUCAUUUCAUGUAACGUAUCAAAAAGAUUUGUAAAAUUUAAAAUGUGGAAUGUCAGACCCCAUGAUGAAGACAUGCUCCUGAUAUUAAUAAAUGACAUUAAGGGUAUUGAUCGUUUAAAAUAAUUUUUUGGUUGCUUUUUGCUUGGUUUCGUUGAUUGCUUCGUUGUGCAUUAAAGCAGUUAGUUUCUAUUUUGGUUACUCUAUUCGGGUUGUGCCUAACCUGAGCUGAGAUCAGGCUCGAACGAGAAAGGCUACACGGAAAAAUGGUAGAAAAAAGUAAAAAAAUGAGAUUCUGAGAACACUGUGUUCAAAACUGCUUGCAAAAUCAUUUAAGUUUAGGUGGCUCGCCAGCAAGCGAAAUUUAUCAAUAGCGUUUGUUUUAUAAGGGUAUGCAUGACCUUGGUUCGUAAAACCGUUCUUCCUUUUCAAUUAGCCCCUAGCUGAUAAAGACCAAAAGAAGAAAGUGCAUUAGUGUUUUUUCGUCGACUUAUCCUCUGUUAUUUUUUCCCGUCAUUUCGAACUCCAAGCCCCAAGCAUGACGUCAGGCUAGAUUGUGAUCACGUUUUGAAGAAUGCUCCCUUUACCUUUGUAUUCAAUAUCAUGAGGAACAUCAUUAAGUCCGAUUCUGAAAUAGAAAAAUUGAUACAACGAAGUUUCAAGUAUUUUGAAUACGAGGUCCUAGGUAGAGUAGGCGCAUUGAUGUUUCAAAAUUGUUUGCUUCAAACGGAGCCGUAUUCUAUAUUCUCGUUCAACUAGCAAUGAUUGAUUGAUUAUUGCCACAUCGUCAUUCAUUUAGUCGCUGGACACCACGUGACGUAUUAGUAAUCUGACGUCACAGUGUUACAAGACCGGUCUUCAUAUUUAAGCAGUGAACACUAAGUUUGGCAAGUAGUUAUUAGCCAAGGUAAUUUAGAAGAGUCGCGUAAGUUCUUCGGAAAAGAUUUAGUGUUUACAGGAGAAAAAGAUAUAGGGAUUCAGCAUGCUUAGCGUACAAGAAUCGAAAAUUAAGGACGAUGCAGCGGAAACUAGGGCUGAACUGCAGGCCGAACUUACGAAACUUCAGCGACAGUAUCGACUGCUUGUGGACGACCGAAAGUCGUAUCGAAACGAAACUGAGCAUAUGCUGAAACGACAGCGUCAGGAAAUAACCAGCUUAAUGCGAGAAGAAGGGGAUUUAAUGAAGGAUAUGAAUUUAGUAACACAGAGGAGCAAUCACGUUGCUGAUACCAAGAUCCUUGACGAGCUGCGUUAUCUUCUCAAAACAGAAGAUGUCAUCAAGAGAACAAUCGAUGGAGAGAAUUUGCAAUUGCAUAGUUUUCAAGAAGAAAUGAGGAAAGAGGAGACAAAAAUCGAGAAACUGUCCAAAAAGGUUGGUGGACCAGGGAACGACCAAGAGAGACACAAGGCAACUCAAAAACGUGUCAGGAUGCUAGAAAACCGGUUGAAUCAAGCAACGGUCAGGUAUAGCAAGACCCUUGCUAGGAAUAAUUUGCAUAGGCAAAACAUCGAAUAUAUCUUUGUCCAACGCAGACGAUUUUCAGACCUCCAUUCGAAACUGCGAAAACUCUACGAACAUGACGUCAAAGAAAAGAACAGACUGAUUGAUUGCUCCAAAGCUUUGUUUACAUCAAGAGAGGAGGCUGACCAUCGCAUGAAGUAUCUCAAAGAAAAAGGGGCAAGAGAUCUUGCGAGCUUUAAUGCUGAGCUCAAGGAACUGGUGCGAAUUAUCGACCAUGAUAAACGGCUGCGGGAUUUCAUGACCACAAAAGAGCAAGACUUGAACGAAUUUUACGAGCAAGUGAUUCAAGGAAGACGAGACAGGAAGGCUGCGAGUAAUGCAAAAGUUCUUCAGAACGAAGUGGCAUUCUAUGACGAAAUUUUCCAACGUUUAGUUGAUGUGAGUGGUGACAAGGAUGUAGAUUCUAUGGUUACACGUUUCAUCGCAACUGAAGAUAAGAAUUUUGCAAUGUUCAAUUUCGUUAACCAGCAGGAAAUGAGUAAGAAGCAACUUGAAGUUGACAUCGAGUAUAUAAAGGCAGAAAUGGUUGAUAUGGGUAACCUUAGAAGCUCUAUGUCCACAGAGAGAAAACGAAUAAUGUCAGAACUGGAGGAGAAGUACUGCAAGGUCACGCAGUCACGAAAGACGCACAAUCGUGAAGAUAAGAUAGCAAGGAAGAUAUUUGAAGAAGCAAAGAUGAGAAUUGGGAAUUUAUUUAACGGAAUUGCAUGUGACAUAAGCGGUAUUGCAUUGAUGUUGGGAAAUACGACCAUCACCGACGAAAACAUGGCACAGUUUUUAGGUGUGAUCGAGAGAAAGGCGAACGAAAUGCUGCAAGUCAAAUUGAUGAUGGCGAUCAGAGACAACAACGAACACGAAAUCUCUCUCAUUCAAGCUGCUUGGACAGGACACCAUAGCAAAGGGAAUAAAAGUUCCAAUGCCCAGCAGGGAGAAGGAGCCGAGGGCUUAGAAUCAAUGGCAAACUAUUCGCGUGGAUCACAAAGACCGCUGGGAAGGCAGGAUACGAUGAAGCCUCUCCCUGAAGAUGAGGCUGCAACAAUUUGAAUUAAUUUUAUCUUCGAAGUACAUCUAGUAAACCUUUCAUGUAAAUAUUAUUCUCGGCAAAUAUAUAAAUAGACGAAAAACGUAAUCUAAUUUCAAUUG